AUGGAUAUUGUAUCAGAAUGCCUUGCUGAGUUACUGUCUGUUUUCGGCAACGAAGCGCCACAUCAGUCGACAAUUUCCCGUUGGUAUGGAGAAAUGAAACGUGGACGGGUGAGUCUUAGCGACGAUCCCAGGGAAAACGUCGAUGCUGUGCGCAAACUCAUCAUUAAAGAUAGACAUGUGACAUAUCGCGAGAUUGAGACUGCAAUUCAAAAAAUUUUACAUGAAGAAUUAGGAGUAAGAAAAUUAGUUUCUCAGCAGAAAGCAGCCAGGGUUAAUUGGUGUCAAAAAACGCUUGACUGUUUCAAUUCCGGAAACUCAAAAAAUGUGUACAGCAUUGUUAGUGGUGACGAAUCGUGGAUUUACUGUGAAGAAAAGGCAACAGAAGUCAUCCGUUCUCGAAGUGUUUCGAAAAAGAUGGUCGCGACAUUUGUGUCAAAAGCGGUCAUCACCGAACUUCGAAAAAUCAACCCCGAAAGAAGAAUCAUCCUCCACCAAGACAACGCAAGCUCGCACACAACCCAAAAAACACGGCAGUAUUUAACGGAAGAAAACGUGGAAUUAUUGGACCAUCCUCCAUAUAGUCCCGAUCUAAGUCCUAACGAUUUUUUUACUUUCCCGAAAAUUAAAAACAGACUGCGUGGUCAAAGGUUCCAGUCAUCAGAAGAAGCAGUUGACGCAUUCAAAAAUGCCAUUUUGGAUCUGCCAGCAAACGAGUGGAAUAAGUGCUUCGAAAAUUGAUUCGCGCGCAUGCAGAUGUGUACAUAAUCUUAGUGGAGAAUACUUCGAAAAACAAUAAAGUCAUUUAAAACUACAUACCGUGUUGUUUUAUUUCCAUAUGCAAAACUUAAAAGACAUCCCUCGUAACUUUUGGCUUUGACGUUUCGUAGUCUGCCUUAAUAGACAUCAAACUUGCAUCCGUGCA